CCCUAACAUGACUCCCGCCAAAACCAUCAAUUCCAACCCCGCCAAAACCAUUGACUCCUGCCAAAACCGUAACUCCUGCUGCUCUCGCCAAAAUCGUUUCUCCUCCUCCCUCAUGCUCCUGUUGCUGCUUCUCCAUCUUCUAUUCCUUCUACCUCUGAUCAAACCUCCACCGCCGAAGGUCUCCGAAACCGUUCCAAAAGAUUUUGGUACUUAUUUAUUGUUCGAAUGGAGGACGGUAGAGUUGAGGGGCCUGUAGAACAUAGUGAAGAAUUAUUAAAGGAAUGUACACCAUGUAUUGAUAUGGAGUUUGAUUCUGAGCCUGCUGCAUUUCGGUUCUAUAACGAAUAUGGAAGGAUUAUAGGGUUUAGUACUCGUAGAGACUACCAUAACAAAAGCAGAUUGGAUGGUAUGAUGAUUAACAGAAAAUUUGUUUGUAGUAAGGAGGGAGUAAAAGAUAACCGAAGUUCAGCAUGAGCUAGAAAGGACACAAGAACUAACUGCAAUGCAUUUAUGUACAUAUCGCUUGAUCGAACAUCAUCAAAAUGGAGAGUGACGAAUUUUGAUGAUUCCCACAAUCACUUGUUGCAUACUCCUGAAACUGUUCAUAUGAUGAGAACUCAAAGAAAAUUGUGUGAGUCCCAAGCUAUAAGUGUUGAAAUUGCUGAGGCUACUGGGUUACCUCUUAAGUUGUCACAUGAUCUCAUUAGUGCCCAAUCAAGAGGGAAGGAAUUUGUUGGGUUCAUGCGAGAGGAUCUUAAAAGUCACUUGCGUUCUAGAAGAGGGAGGGAUUUGCAAUAUGGUGAAGCAGGAAUUUUGUUCAAAUAUUUUCAGAAACAAACCAUUGAUAAUCCUUACUUCUUUCACACAAUGCAAUUGGAUGUAGAUGAGAUGAUAAGCAACAUCUUUUGGGCUGACCAUCAGAUGAUUACAGAUUAUGGUCUAUUCGGGGAUACAUUGUCUUUUGACACGACUUUUCGGACUAAUAAAGAGUGUUGACCAUUGGCUAUUUUUACCGGCUUUAACCAUUAUCGCAUGACGGUGAUUUUUGGUGUAGCAUUGAUGUAUGAUGAAACAACCCCAUCAUUUGUGUGGUUAUUUGAAACUUUUUUGAAAGCAAUGUCGGGGAAGAAGCCUUUCACCUUUUUCACGGAUCAAGAUCAAGCAAUGGCUAGCGCGCUAUUUGAAGUUAUGCCAAAUGUGAAACACGGCUUGUGUACUUUCCACCUUAAUCAAAAUGCAAUGAAGCACUUAGGCUACUUGGGUGAUGAUUUUUCUGCAUUUAGUAAUGAUUUCAAUGCUUGCAUGUUUGGUUAUGAAGAGGAAACGGAACUAAUUGAAGCUUGGAAAUCUUUGGUUAAAAAUUUUAAGUUGGAGGAUAAUGCUUGGGUGGCGAAAACUUGGGAUCUUAGAGAGAAGUGGGCACAUGUGCAUAUGAAGUGGUCUUACAAUGCAGGAAUGAGAAGCACUCAACUAAGUGAGAGCAUGAAUGCCAAAUUGAAGAGACACUUGAAGUCCAACCUUAACCUUGGUCUUUUUUUUACAUAUUUUGAUCAAGCUGUUUGUGACAAGCGGUACAAAGAAAAACAAGCGACAUUCGACUCGAGAGAAAAGAUGGUUAGAGUAAACUUUCCGAAUUGCCCGAUGUUACUUCAGGCUGCAAAAGUUUAUACUCCUCCACUCUUCGACUUGUUCCACAAAGAGUUUGACAUAAGCACUGGUUGUACAUGUAAAGUGAUAAAAUUGGAGGUGUUAGGAGAUGAAAUUAGAUGUGUGAUCCAAAAGCAUGACGAAGAAAGGGAGUAUGUUGUGUUGGGUAGUGUGGAACUUGAUGCAAUAGGAGCUAAAACUCUUACAGAAGUUCGUUGUAGUUGUCGAAAAUUUGAGAGCUUUGGAAUUUUAUGUGGUCAUGCAAUCAGAGUGCUUUCACACAUGAAUGUCAUGGAAGUACCCGUGAAAUACAUAUUAGGUCGAUGGAGGCUAGAAGCAAAGAGUUGUUCAUCUAAGGGAAAAGAAGUUAUGGUGGAGGAGAAUGAUCGAAAGUUGGUAAUAUCGGCGCGGUAUAGACAUCUUUGUCCUAAAAUGGUGACAUUAGCAGCUCGGGCAUCCGAAGAUGAUGAAGCAUAUAAGUUGGUGACGGAUACUAUUACGCUUUUGUGUGCACAAGUGGAUGAUAUCACUCUUUCCAAGCAUGGCGUUGGUGCUUCAAGUAGUGGUCCCGACAUUGACAUGGGAUUAGAUUUGAUCGAUCUUAAUUUAAAAAAAGCAAAGGGCUUGAAAAAGAAAGUGACUAACCGUGGAAUCAAAGGCGGUAAAAGACUAAAGGCUUGGCAUGAAAAGAUUAAGAAGAGGGCAAAUGGUGUUCCAAGAUCUCACUUUAGUCAGGAUGGCGAAACACCCUAUUAUCCACAAAUGGUGCAUUUACUGUCUCAAGCAUCUUGCAGUACACAAGUUUCAGAGGAGAAGGCAUUUGAGCGAGCAGGGGAUAUUUCCACCGAUCAUUCAAUCCACAUUCCCAUGGAGGCCGAGUUGUUCAAUGAUGAGGGGUUUAUAGAUUUUAUGGCCAAAUCACAACCACCCUCGCAAUAUUGACUUGAAUGUGCAAGGAUAAACAUAAUACAUUCUUUUUUGGAAUACUUUUUGGGGAGGUAGCAUGCGAAAUUGUUUUGGCUGUGAGGAAUUUGUGGAGGAUUAAAACUUUGGUUGCCCAGUUGAUAUUGUUUUGUUGCCUAGUUGAUUAAAACUUUGGGAUACAUUUGGAAUACUCUGUUUUGAUUUGUGCCCAAUGGAAUACAUUUGGUAUUUAGAGAAGAUUGGGACAAAUUUCAGACGCUACAUUUGAAAUUGUUUGGGU